AUGAAUACCGACUAUGCCGAUGUAGAAUCGCGGAAUAUUGAAGAGUCUGAAUCUAUUAAUCUGAGACGCUCUGAAUGCUCUCCCAGCACUUCUGGAUCACUGAUUAGUGACACGGAGCCUCUAGCACAGGAUAGUGCCGCAUUCUCGGCAGAAUCCUAUGAUAAUUGCCUGGAUAUCUCAUUGACAGAUCUUCCUGGCUCUCCAUGUACACAGCUGCAUGGAUCUAGCGGCACCGAUUAUCUCUGGUUUGAUGAUCAAUUCGAUCUGCAAGCCAUGGAGUCGGCGAUUAUGGAGGCUAACCAUCUCCCUGGCCUUAGUAAUGAGCAGUUCUUCAGUGUAUCUCUUUCAGCAACAGAAAAUGCUACUGGGGAUGCUCUCACAGCGACUUCAGGCGCUAUCAAAAGGCAGAUGGAAGUCCGCAAGGCUAUCCACAGCCGAUGGUACACUCGGCCGGUACCUGAGCCAGGCAUACCACAACCCUCGGUUUCUUUUAUGAAUCAAGAGGAAGUGGAUGGAGAGUACCGUAUUGCCUUAUCGACUCGGCUCGCGCCGAGUCCGCAGGAUAUAGCUCUUCCUUCUACCGAAUUUCUCAAUCUAUGCGUUAAGCUUUACUUCUCCAAGUUCCAACCACUAUUUCCCAUCAUCCACUCCGCGUCAUUCCGACCGACAUCAGAAAGGGCACUCGUCCUCCUGUCCAUUUGCUCGAUAGGAGCUCUUUUUGUGGGAUCAGACGGAGCCGCACGGUGUGCGAAAGCGAUUUUCACCAAGCUGAAUAAGGCUAUCUUGGCAUCAUGGGAACGUUAUAUCCACAAAGGCGGAUGCGAGGCGUUGGCGGUUGCCCAGGCUGCAACAAUAGGGCAGACCUACGGAAUUCUUUCCGGUCAACCUAACGACCUGCUUUUGACGGAAUCAUUCCAUGGUACAAUCAUCGCUUGGACAAGGCAAGCUGGGCUUUUCAGAGUGCGAGAGGCGCUCGAAUCUACUGACACCAUUGACGUGACUGAUAUUGAGGGGAGUUGGAGGCGUUGGGCCCAGCGAGAGGAAACGUUGCGACUUAUCUUAGCUUUACAGAUACACGAUUCAGAGUUCACCAAGAUUUUCCACCACGAAGGCCUUCUGGGGCAUGACCACAAUAGGCUACCCACAUGCUGUUCUGCCGAAUUAUUCUCAGCCCCAACGGCCUCGAAAUGGCAUGCUGCCGUUAUGUCCAUGACUCAGACGGCAUGUCAUGGCGAGAAUCUUGUUCCGGUGUUUUCCCCGCGCCAGGCUGUGUGCAAAAGCCCUUUUUAUGCAUACGCACAGCUCGCUGGAUAUUAUGCUCAUAUUUCAGAGGCACGAUGCCGUGGUUUACUCGAGGAUCACGGAACCACUAUUCGACAACGCCUCACAUUGUGGCACGAGGAAAUCGUCGGGAGCGUCGUUGACAUAAACCACGAUCCGUUUAGCUUGAUGGGACUGUGGCAUCAAGCGUUCAUGGCGCUCUACGUAGAUUUUGACUUCCUUGAACGGAUCAUAGGUCGGGACGAGACGCCGCCCACCGCGUUGGAAGAGGAUGAGGUUAGUCGCUGGGUCCGAAGCAACGAUGGAUUCCGCUGCGCUGUGCACGCCGCACUCAUCAUAAAAAUACAUAGCAUGCAGGCUAUCGCCGAUGAGUCAGCUAUCCAUGUGCCUCUGUCCCUCUUCUAUGCUGGCGUUGUCGUCUAUUGUUACAUCAAGUUCGGAGGGUUGGCAAUUCAGAGAAACGUCGAGAUUACAGAAUUGAAGCGAAGCGAGUCAUCAUCCAUUGAUAUAAUGGAAAGAAUGGGCCCUAAUACACUCUAUAACGUCACGGAUAUUCUGCGAAGAUAUGGACAUUGGGAUAUUUCAAGGCGGCUGGCCUUAAUACUAAGCUUUCUCAUAGAGGAAGUCACGAACGCCGAGAUGCAGUAG